UUGUGUUAAACAUAUUAUAUUCAUUGGAUGUUUGCGUUUGUGAGACAACGCAUACAUAUUCUGAUGCACUGAUUGUCUGUCAUUAACAUCACUGAUGAGACCAAUUGACUCAUUAUUUCAUAUUAUGUCAUAUUAUGGACAUUAUAUCCAAAUUUGACAACAAAUGAGUGAAUAUUUCUUCGAUACUUAUUUUCUAUAAAAUCUCUUCGAAAUUCAAAUUUUUCAAAAUUUUACUCUAAUUUGUGUUCAAUUGAUCCCAUAAUGACUACAAAUCGGCUAAAUUGUCUCAUUGUCCUGAGUUCUGCCAAAGAAGAAUCUAAUUGUAUGUCAAACUCAGGCAACUCUUCCCAGUCUUUCAUUCAAUGCUAUUCUCUACUCAACACUACAUUUAACGUACAAAUAGCCACUCCAUCGGGCCGAAAUGCAGAAUUCGUUAAAAGUGAUGAACAGAACAGGAAGUGGUUGAAUGAAUUCAAACACAAAUCAUUCUCCACUCCAAUCAGUUUGUCUUCAGUCGACCCUCAUCGAUACUCAUGUCUUGUCAUUCCUCACUCUCCGGGAGCUGUUAUCGAUUUGGUCACCGAUUCGGACCUGUCGUAUGUAUUGAAGCAUUUCGUCAAAGAGCAGAAAGUGAUUUGUGCGAUAGGAAUGGGUGUCGCGGCUCUGUUCCCGGCCUACGAUGACGGCAACGUGUGGUCAUUCCGUCGCUUCACACUGACAGCCAUAUCGGUGUUCGAGUUGGCCCGCAAUCCAGACUUCGCCACUUUGCCGAUCAUACCGGAGGACGUGAUCAAAGACAGGGGCGCUCUCUACAGCUCAACCAAUCCGGAUCACGUCGACGAAGUGCAUGUUGUGGUCGACAGGCAUCUGAUCACUGGUCAGAACGAACAGUCGACUCUCACCGCCGUUCAGAAUCUUAUGAUUCAAUGCAAUCAAAAGCAAAACAAGUCCUUAAGAGAGCGUUAAAUAUAAAAUACAUAGAAAAAUGAGAAACGCGUUUAUAAGUCGUUAUAAAUCUAUGAAUUGAUUAAAGAGUUAAUUAAUUAUUAAGUCUUCGCGGAAAACGA